AUGAGCAGCCAAUAUCACAACGAGCCGAUCACGACAGGAAAGGGAGGAGAUCCGACGGGAACUGGCCAAGGAGGCGAAAGUAUUUACGAAAAGCCGUUCAAGGAUGAGUUUCACCAACGGCUGACGUUCAAUCGGAGAGGCUUACUCGGCAUGGCAAAUUCGGGAAAAGACGAUAACGGAUCGCAGUUCUUCAUCACGUUGGGCACCGAUCCACAACAGGUGCGCGAGCUCACCCGGAAACACACAUUAUUUGGAAAAAUUGUUGGUCCGACGAUGUUCAACAUGUUGAAGAUGACUGAGGUGGAUGUGGAUUCAAAUGAGCGCCCAAAGACACUCUACAAGAUCACCGGAGCCGACGUCUUAACCAAUCCAUUCAAGGACAUUCGACCAAGGGAAAAAGAACGACGAAAAAAGAAGAAAGAAACGAAAGUGACCGAGACGAAGAAAUUGAAUCUACUAUCAUUUGGCGACGAGGCGGAAGAAGAUGAAGAUGAACUGACUCAAAUCAAUAAGAAGCUCUCCAACAAGGGCAAAAGUGCUCACGAUGCGCUCGAUGAUGAACAACUCAGCAAGCAAGUCGCCGUAACACGAGAUGAAAUGGCCGAUUAUGACCCGGAUGAAGAUGCACAAGAUCUGACGUCGAUGAAAGAUGAGGAUUUGGACUCGAUUAUCGAACAGGAAAGAAAGCAGAAAGAGCGAGAACGACUGGAUGAAAUGGCCGGCGAAUUGAAGACACUUCAAAAGGAGUACAAGAAAGCACUACGCGGCCCAAAGGAACGAAAAAUUGAAGAAGAAGAAGAGCCCGUUACUGAGGUGAUAGCAGAGUACAAGGAAAUGCGCAUCAAGUUCAAAUCAAAGACAAAGAAGUUGAAAAGCAAACGUGACGAGGGACGAGAAAAUCAGACGAUGCAACUUCUUGAGCGUUUCCGGGCAAAGUUGGAUCAAGCCGAACAGGCAGACAUUCUCUUCGACAAAACGAAAGAAGAGGAAGAAAGAAAACGACGAGAAGCUCUCAAACAAAAUGAUGCCGAUGGACAAGAUGAAAAUAACAAAGAUGCGGCGAAAGCGUUUGGCUAUGAUUUGGAUGCGGAAGACAUUGUUGGCACUGAUUGGAUGCGACACACUUUUGUUGCUCAGGACGAGAUCGAUCCAAAUGUUACGCGCGCUAAGGAUGCCAAUCUCCGUGACGAGGCGAAGAGUGACUGGUAUGAUCUAUCGGAUCCUCGACAUCCAAUCAACAAGAGAAAACGCGGCGAAAUU